AUGAAGAAACCAGCGUUUCUCGUCGACGCUUUCACCACAAAAAUGUUCAAAGGAAAUCCGGCGGGCGUUUGUCUUUUCGAGCAGGCGCUUCCCGCCGAGCAAUGUAUCCAAAUCGCCGCCGAGUUCAACGCGUCCAACACCGGGUUUCCCGUUCCGGCCGAAGAGGGAAAGGAUUUUAGAACAGCUUCGAUCUUCGAUCUCCGCUGGUUCACCCCAACCACCGAAGUGCCGCUUUGCGGUCAUGCUACGUUGGCUACAUCUCAUGUACUGCUGAACGGAAUUGGCAAUAUCAAUUCGACCCUAACUUUCCGCACCUUUUCCGGGGAGCUGAUCGUUCAAAAAGGAGAAGCCGGCGCGAUCGAGAUGAAUUUUCCACAGUAUAAGGUCCAAAGCAUGAAAGUCGAACAUCACGAAAACCAGUUUCUCGAUGAAUUUCCGGUCAUCGAAGAGCCAUUUCCGCUGAAAGACUUUCUAAACGCAAUGAUUCCGACGGAAUACCCGAUUACGGGCGUCUUAUAUGCACCUGUAGCAAAGAUUCUGAUCAUUGUCCUUGACGGAAUACUCUCUAGGGCGGAGUUCGAAAGAAUCGAGCGGAACACGGAGCUGAUCAAGGAGAAUUCAGAUGAGGAACAUAUUCGAGGCGUUCUUUUAACGAUGGCACCGAAAAACGAGGUAGAACAGGGUUUCGUAGAUGAAAAUGACGCUCCGUUCGACUAUCUUUGCCGAUAUUUUGCCCCGUACUACGGUCUCGUUGAAGACCCGGCCACAGGCUCAGCCCAAUGCGCCCUGGCCCCGUUCUGGAGUCGAAUUCUGAAGAAAUCGGAAUUUUACGCCCUUCAAGCGUAUCCGGGCCGCGGCGCCCAAUUCCGUCUGAAACUCGAAGACGGAGGCAGACUGUCGAUCAUUGGGAAUUCCGUUACUGUACUCAGCGGACAGAUUAAUAUCGAU